AUGUACAACACCUGCCUACCUCAUACAAACACUUUGCAUGACUGGUACAAAAGUGUUGAAGCAAAACCAGGCUUUACACAAGAAGCAAUAGAAAGACUCACAGAAAAGGUUAAAAAUUCAAAAAAAUCCCUGUUAUGUUCAUUAGUAGUGGAUGAGAUGUCAAUUCGACAGCAAAAAAUCUGGAAGCGAAAGAAUUAUGAGGGCUUAGUCGACAUAGGAAUAGCAAAUAACGACUCAAAUCAAAUUAAUUCAAAGAAUUUCAACUCCGGGAUUGGUCUGGCGAAGUAUCUCAAAGAUAGGCAGACAGAUUUAUGUGGAACGUUGCGAAAAAAGAAAACGUGUCUUCCUGACGCUGUCACAAAAAAGAAGCUCAAACGUGGCGACGUCGUGGCAAGGCAAAUGGAUAGUUAUGUAACAGUUUUGAAGUGGCAUGACAAGAGAGACGUCCUGAUGAUAUCGACGUGCCACUAUGAUGGAAUGACAAAUGUUUCUUCUUGGAGAGGUGAGUCUUCGAAACCAAACAUGGUUAUCGACUAUAACGACGCCAAAAAGGGCAUUGACGUAGCUGAUCAGCUAUGUAGCUACUACUCGCCGCUGCGGAAAAGCCUCACGUGGUACAAGAAAAUUACGAUUGAUUUACUAUUUCAGGCCGUACUCGUCAAUACAAGAGUAGUUUUUCUUGAGGCAACUGGAUGUUCAGUUAGUAUAUUGAAAAUCCAAGAGGCGAUGAUUCGUCAUUGGCUUGGCGAUGAUGUCCAGAAAAAACAGACUGUUAGAUUAUCCACAGGAAACCCAAGGAGACGUCACCUAUCAGAGAUACCACGGCGAGACGGAAAGAUUAUAAGACGUCGAUGUGUACGACGUUACGCGAAAAAAAAGGAGGAAGGGCAAUUCUCCAAGGCAAAGCAAGUAAACACGGAGUGCUUAGAAUGUGGUAAAGGUUAUUGUUUGGCGUGUUACAAUGAGGUGCACAAAUAG